GCAUCUUGGGGGCGGGCCAGGGGUCAGGACGGCUGGGUCCUUGGGGGAGCAGGAUAGCACAUGGCAGCGCUACGCUUCUUGCACCGGGCUGCCCGGGCAGGUCCGCCUGUUCCCCCCUUGUGCUACCUGCGGGCACUCAGCACUACCACCCCCCGGGAGUGCUACAAGUAUGUCAACAUCCAGGAGCCGGCUAUGGAUAUGAAGUCCAUCACUGACCGUGCUGCGCAGACUCUGCUGUGGACAGAGCUCUUCCGAGGGCUGGCCAUGACACUGAGCUACCUGUUCCGGGAGCCGGCCACCAUCAAUUAUCCCUUUGAGAAGGGUCCUCUGAGCCCACGCUUCCGUGGGGAGCACGCGCUGCGCCGCUACCCAUCAGGCGAGGAGCGCUGCAUCGCCUGCAAGCUCUGUGAGGCUGUCUGCCCCGCACAGGCCAUCACCAUCGAGGCUGAGCCCAGGGCGGACGGCAGCCGCCGCACCACGCGCUACGACAUCGACAUGACCAAGUGCAUCUACUGUGGCUUCUGCCAGGAGGCUUGCCCUGUGGACGCCAUCGUGGAGGGUCCCAACUUUGAGUUCUCGACGGAGACGCACGAGGAGUUGCUGUACAACAAGGAGAAGCUGCUCAACAACGGCGACAAGUGGGAGGCUGAGAUUGCGGCCAACAUCCAGGCUGAUUACCUGUACCGGUGAUGGUGGGGAGACCACACCGUGUGCCCCCCAAAUCCCGUUAAUAAAGUGGGCAUCCACCAGCCCUUUCCUACGCCCGA